AUGUCGGCUCCUAUCGCAUCGACCAGCUCUUCUUCCAACUUUGAUCUCGAGGCACAGAGUCCAGUAUCCCCAGUUCCAGUCCUAACACACUCCACAUGGACUGCACCCCCCAUGCGCAUGCUCGAUCCCACAGACGAGCAGUUCGGAUACACAUUCUCUACACAUGACAGCCGCCACGACGAACGUCGUCAAAGCCUCUCAGACGUACCACCACCAUACGCAGAAGAAUCUGCCAUCCCUCUCCCCGAAUACACACUGCACGCGCCCGAGCCCGUUACGCUCGCCAUGUUCCUUUUCAAAUUCGGGUUCUUAUUCCCACCAUUCUGGCUCUUUGGCGCUUUCAUCCUCCUCUCUCCACUCCGCGAGCCCUCACAGCCGUCCUCAGACGAGGACACACCCGCAUGGAUGCCCGAAAAGACAGAAGAAGAACGCAGAGAAAUCAUCGCCACCAUCCGCACCACCGAGCUCAAAUGGGCCAGACGAUGCCUGUGCGCGUUCUGCAUCCUCACCGUGCUGGCUGUUGGCGGCGGCAUUACGGCCUGGGCUAUCCUUCGCCGCUCAUGA